AUGGAGGCGGCCGAGGCCUGGAUCGAGGCGGUCAUCGGCGAACCCAUGGAGGGCACCUUCGACGAGUGGCUGCGGAGCGGCGUCGUGCUCUGCAAGCUCCUCAACGGCGUCGCGCCGGGGUCCGUGAAGAAGAUCGCGACGUCCGCCAUGCCCUUCAAGCAGAUGGAGAACAUCUCGCUCUUCAUCCGGGGCAUCAAGAAGCUCGGCGUCCACGACAGCGACUGCUUCGACACGAACGACCUCUACAAGGGCCAGGACAUCGGCAAGGUCGUCCAGUGCGUCCACAGUUUAGGCAGCGUCGUCCAGAAGCGCUGCAAGGACUACGCCGGGCCCCAGCUCGGCGUCAAGCUCGCGGACGCGAACAAGCGCGAGUUCACCGAGGACCAGCUCAAG